AUGUUUUUCAAACAACAGCGAUUCGAAGGAAUCAAGAGGAAUUAUAGCCAAGAAGAUGUAGAGAAGCUGAGAGGUUCGCUGAAAAUCGAGUACACUCUGGCGAGGCGAGGUUCGAAAAAACUUUGGGACUACUUGACUCGUGGAGGAGACUCGUACAUCAAAGCUUUGGGAGCGCUUACCGGUAAGGCGGAUUGCGACAAAUUUAAAGGAGCUGUGUCCCGAAAUUCAGCCAAAUUAGGAAAUUACAAAAUGCCCGUUAAAUUAAGAGAACCAUAAAAAUAACCGCGCUUAAAACUUUAAAAGAAGUUUGAAAUAACAUGACAGAAACAACAGAUGCCACGGAUGGGCAAAACUGAAGAAGACUGAAACGGAUUGAAAUUAGGGUUUUUGAAAACUGUUUAGCCUAACGGUUUUUCAAAGUUGAUCCCUGCUGCUUGCAACCUCAAAAAUAAUGCUAAGGAGACAUAUUUGUUUAUCUCGAUCUCUGAUUUUGUUAUUUACAUGUAAUUUUCUUUGCUUACUUUAAGUUCCAUAGCGAUUGAGGGUGAGUAAUUGACAAAAUUAAACAAAAUGAACUGGACUGCCGUGACACAGUGAUUUACAGUGAGCACGGAUCCAGAAGUAAAUUAGUCUCCUUCGCAGCCGAUUUUAGGCUCGUCACGCGAAGCCUAAAAACGGCUUCGAAGGAGACUAGAAGUAAUUAACAUAUCUUGACAUGCAAACACAAAACGUACAAACGUGCUUACAAUUUCCACUUAUUUUUCAAACGCAAUGCUUGUUAUUGCAAAAAACCUCAGUCCAAGGGUUGUACAGACAAAAUUUUCUAAAUAAGCAUAAAAUCUUAACAGACAGUCAAAACAGAUUCAGGAAAAAAGGGAUGCAUCAGUUGAGACGACUGAUGCGGUUCUAAAUCUCAAAGAAAGGUGUCACAUUGGGAUGCAGGACUAGUACAACAUCACAGUAGGUUUUUGGCACGAGAGAUUUCAUAAUACCAUGUGUCUAGUACCUAGCUAGGAUAUAGUAGUUUCACGAUAGACAGGAAUACCACGACUGUACAUGUGGGUUACAGACCGGUACAGUUCUAGUUUAGUCACAUUUUCACUUGGCACCGCAGUAGCAACAUUCACUUUUAUUGCACUAGCAAUCAUUUCCCUCCCUCCCUUCCUUUAGGGUUUUGUUUUGUUCUAUUCAUGGACAGUGUGAUCACUUUUAUUAUUCGAUUGAGGUUGUUUUAAUUUUUUUUUAGUUUGGUCUUUCUUAUUUGUUGGAGUACUUUAUUUGUAUACUGGAUAUUACCUUCUAGUUAUUUGCCAUGGAUUGUAUCAGUUGUUAUGAUUAAUAAAGGCUGUCGUGUAUCCCAAACAAUGCCUGGAUUUCUGAGUUUUGUUGAUUUAGACGUUCAACAAAAUUUUGCAAUUCUUGAGCUUGUUUCAAAGAUAUCUAAGGCCGUGGACAACAGUGAAUAUACAAUGGGGCUUUUCCCAGAUCUCUCCAAGGCAUAUUUGACACAGUAGAUCACAAUACACUGCUAUAUAAGCUAGAGUAUUAUGGAUUUAGAGGAAAAGCCCUAGACUGGUUUAGAAACUACUUACCAGGAAGGAAACAAAUUGUUAAAUUCAAAUUAACCAGUUCAGAUUACUUAACAAUUAAGUGUGGUGUGCCACAAGGCUCUGUUCUAGGACCGCUCUUGUUUUUAAUAUAUGUCGAUAUAUGUAAAGGCUCUGAGAUAUUAUCCUUUAUUUUAUUUACUGAUGAUACAAAUCUGUUUUCAAGCCAUCAGAUUUAAAAACUCUCAACAAUACCAUCAAUAAAGAAUUAGAGAAGGUUACAUUGUGGCUAGCAGCAAACAAAUUAUCAUUAAAUGUUGGAAAAACUAAUUUUAUGAUCUUUAAAAGCAAAAAUAAAACGUUCAACAUAAAAUAACUGUAAAUAUUGCAGACCAAAAUAGAAAACAAGUUGAUCACAAAAAAUUCUUCGGAGUAUGCCUAGAUGAAAAAUUGUGUUGGAAAUUUCGUAUCAAUCAUAUCUUUCAAUGAAGGUAUCAAAAACAGCAGGGAUAAUAGCAAAAGCAAGAUAUUAUUUAGAGCAUAAAAAUUUAAAGGAAUUAUAAAAUACCAUGGUUCAUCCAUACCUGACCUAUUAUAACAUCAACUGGGCAAGCACAUAUAUCCAACUAGGCUAAGAUCUAUUUAUAUAGCACAAAAGAAAUUAAUAAGACUCAUGACUUUUUCAAGUUUUCGAGAAAAUUCUCAGCCUUUGUUCAAGAUAUUAAUAAUAAUGAAUAUAUAUGAAAUAUAUCUAUACCUUAUUGCAAACUUCAUAAAUUAAGGCAAACUUCCUGAAACUUUUAAUGACUACUUCAUAAUAAAUGAUACUUAGUAUACACUCCUAUAAUACUAGGUCAGUUUCAAAACUACACAUUGAUUUUAAAAGAACAAAUUAUGGAAAAUUUUCCCUUCAGUAUAGAGGAGCAAUAAUAUGGAAUAGUUUACCAAAUGAUUUGAAGGAAUUAAAAUCAAGCAACGCAUUUAAGAAAGUAUUACAUAGACAUGUACAAUCAGCGAAAAAUACUUGAUACUCAUUAUGCCACCUCUUUUUCAACAAUGUAAAGAAAUCAUUGGGGAACCUUAAAAAAGCUCAUCAGGGCUUGCUGUGUUUCCCUUUGCCUUAACUAUGAUGAAUAUGAAGGUUGGCAAUAAAACAUUACUCGAUCGUUAAACGCGCCUAUGAUCAGUGCAUAGUGCAUGUAACUUAAUUUGUUUCUUACGUAUUUUCAAGCAAGACUCCUCUUUAGAUCGUAGAUACUGUAUUAUUUUUUCUAUAGGACCUAUAGCCCGGCAGCCAGUUACGAUACAUUUCGGGUACCGGUAAUGUAAAAUUUCUGGACACGUUUCAAACAGGAGGGGAAAAUGACAUAGCUAAAGUAAACAGGAAGUGAUAGCCAGUCCAAUUUAUGUAUUCAUUUUUUGUCCUGCUUAGUUUUCAGUAAUACCGAAAUAAACAAAAUUGUGAUUUCAGGCGGCCAGGCAGUGCAGAUGGCUAAAGCAGGCCUAAAAGCUAUAUACCUUAGUGGCUGGCAAGUUUCUGCUGAUUACAAUUUAGCUGCUCAGACCUAUCCCGACCUUGGCUUGUAUCCUGUUAAUUCAGCCCCGAGACUGGAGGAAGCCAUUAAUAAUGCUUUUAUCAGAGCUGACCAGAUUGCACACAUGGAAGGAACAGAGAGUCACAUUGACUACUUUUUGCCUAUUGUUGCUGAUUGCGAAGCUGGAUUUGGUGGGCCACUGAAUGCAUUUGAAAUAACGAAGUCUAUGGUAAUGGCAAGGUUUUUACUUAAGAUUCAUUCCGCGCUGCAAUUGGUCUGAAAUGUCAUCCGUUUCCAUCUCCUAACCCGAGCCGGCAGAGACCAGUCAGUCAAUCAGCACAAUUUUAUCAUGUGCACCACUAUAUAUUGUUAUUUCAAAUCACAGUAACUGUAUUACUUGCAACUGAAGAUGAUCGUAGAUCGAUCGAAACAUGUCUCGCUUUAAAUUCAAAGUUGUGUUUUGAUUAUGUUUUCAGGAUUUUUUCAUUUUUCAACAGAUUGCUGCAGGAGCUUCAGCAGUUCACUUUGAAGACCAACUGGCUUCAGAAAAGAAGUGUAGUCACAUGGGUGGAAAGGUUCUGGUUCCGACUCAACAGUUCAUUAAGGUCCUUAAUGCCGCAAGACUGGCUGGUGAUGUUUUGGACAUUCCAAUAGUUAUUGUAGGACGCACAGAUGCUUACGCUGCGGCUCUUGUGACAUCCGAUAUAGACCCUUAUGACCGACCAUUCCUGACAGGGGAGAGAACUCCUGAAGGUUUCUUUUGUGCUAAGGCAGGGUUUGAUCAAGCCAUUGCUCGUGCCAUUGCCUAUGCGCCGUACUGUGAUGUGUUGUGGUGUGAAACAAAAAAGCCGAACUUAGAAGAAGCUCGCAGAUUUGCUGAAGCCAUCCAUGCUCGCUACCCUGGUAAAAUUCUGGCCUACAACUGCUCUCCCUCAUUCAACUGGAAAGCAAAUCUAAGCGAUGCUGAGAUUGCUGUUUUUCAAGAAGAAAUAGGAAAACUGGGUUAUCGAUUUCAGUUUGUCACUCUAGCUGGCUUUCACUCGUUAAACCAUGCCAUGUUCAAGCUUGCACGUGACUAUAGGGACAAUGGCAUGGCUGCCUACACUAAGAUCCAAGAAGAUGAGUUUGAGGAAGCUAAAAAUGGCUUCACUGCUCACAGACAUCAAAGAGAGGUGGGAACUGGCUACUUUGACCGUGUUUCUUUGGCAAUCAAUGGAGGAACAAGCUCAAUUACAGCAAUGAAGGGGUCUACUGAAGAAGAGCAAUUUACACAAAAACCUUCCUCUGCGAUGUAA